AUGAAAUUUAUAGAGGUACAAGAUAUUGGAAAACUUCAUAGCAUACCGCAGGCUACUGCUGAGAGUGACGUAGAAAAGGAAAACGAAGAAGUUGAUGGCAACUUACUGCCAGUGAUCCCUGGGUAUUAUAUUGACCUUAAAGAGCGUUUACUCCAAAUGGCAGACCUCUACCUUCACAUAGAUAGCCAUAUACCUAAUUUUCUUACAUGGUUUGGUAAACAGAAGGGUCAUUUUUUAGUAGCAAUGGGUGCAGAUGGUGCCCCUUUUGGUAAGGCUAAUGAGGCUUGUGCAUGGCUUGUUUCAUUUUUGAAUGUUUCAGAAAGAGUUGCCUCACCAGAUGAUAAUUUUUUGAUUUGUGGUGCCAACUGUAAAGAAGAUCACCCUGCCAUGGUAGAAUAUGGGAAACAACUUAGAUCAGAGAUGGCCACGAUUGCAAGUCAAACUUUUUCAGUAAAAAAUCAGCAGGUUAAGUUUGAAUUUAAACUUGUUCCAUCAGAUAUGAAGUGGCUAGCAAAAUUUUCUGGAGAACUGAGCAAUGCUGCUAAAUACCCAUGUUCUUUUGCAAAUGUGCAACUUAGUGAAUUACAGGAAAGAGGGCAAAGCUUGAGUAACAAUCCUCAAAGUAAGUGGAGGCCAUGGGAAUAUAAAUUCAGGGAAGAAGUUGCCAAAAAGGUGACACAAUUUAAAGAAAAACAGGCAAGGCCAAUUAAUGCUGCUCAAGAGCAGACAUUGCGUACCAAAGUAUGCAACCACAUAGCAAGCCUUAAAUCUAGACAAGAAUUUGAGCCAAUUCUUGGUCCAGUUAUUCAAAAUGCAAAAUGUGAUAAUCUUCAUGUGGGAAAUAAUUGUUGGGGGCAUUGGCAUAAGUUGCUUUUCACCCAUGUUUUGGCUAAAGCAAAGAUUCCCACCAGUACAAAGUCUGUUUUUCAAUUGCCAGAAGAUAACUCAUUGCGUAAGCAUUUGAAGGCUCUCGGUUUAAAUUAAAGUGCAAGAAGAUGUAUAAUAAGAUUUUGCAAUGGUUUAAAGAGAAACGAAAGACAUCUCCUUUUGAAUUUCGGUUCACUGGGGAGGAAACUAAGAAAUUUUGUGAUGGCUUUAUGUAUCUUGUUGAAGCUCAAAUUGAGGAGGGUGACAUUGAGCAAGCCAAGAGCUUUUUGUGUUAUCUCUUGGGAGAAUGGGUCUUCACCUAA